AUGCGUCGCGAUACAUUCUUCACGUACGAGAUGGACCGGUCCUUCGAGGGUGUUAUUCAGCACAGGUUUGAUUCAUGGCGCUGGAUACCAGACGUGUCCGAUGACCUAUUGCAUGAGUAUGCUGACAAUUGGAUCUAUCCUGGCGAUGUCGAAGUCAUCAGCGUCAAGAACGAUGUGAUUCAAUCUAGAAUUAAGCGCAAGGAGCCAGUCUUUGAACAUCCUGACAAUGUUGGUCAUGUUUCUCCUAUCGGAUCAAACAUCAAGCUGGAUCUCAGCGAGCCUGAGAAUGCAGGAUGGCGAGUCCUUGUCUGGCGUGUCCGUGGGGCUGGCGAGGGCCCCUACAUGGAUCGUCAUGGACGUGUCGUUGCUAACCCGGGAGUACAUCUUUAUCAGCGUGUCAGCGAACUAAGGGAUGGAGCCACGUAG